UAUGGUAGCAGUGGAAUUUUUCCGUCUGGAAAGAAGGAAACAAAAACACUAUACAAUAGAGAAAUUCGGUGUUGCAUCCUGGACUUCUUGAGGAAGAAAACUGUAGAAAACGAGUAUUUUUUUUUUCGGCAUCUGGUGUUCCCCUCGAGGGUUUAAGCCUUUAAGGUGCAAGGUGCUGUAUUAUCUUCUUCUCGGAUGAAAAAGUAGAGCUCCUGCCCUUAGUUUCUGUAUCUGUAUCUGUACUACUAAAAAACAUGUUGAACGUCAUGUUCCGCCGAUUCCCGUUUCUCUCCGGAUUUUCUGCCCGAUUCUCGUUUCGCUUGCACAUUGCCGUUUCCACUCCCUCAUUCCCGUUCCCUGGCCUAAUCCUGCUCCCCAUCGCAACGCACGCGCCACCGCAGCCCUCAUCCGCCUCUCCCCCUAUCACCUCCCUCUCCAAUCCAAUCCCUCGUGCAACCUCCCUAACCCGCAACCCCUGCUGUCACUCCCUAGAACCACAGCAGUGGCGAUGCACCACCAAUCGCCAUCGCCUCCUCGCCUGGUCUCCACGCCGCUGCCUCCCUUUCUAGGGUUUUGGUUCCAUGCGAUCUCUCGACCACAACGACCGGGAACACUAGGAGCGCCUCCUCUCCGUUCGGAUCUUGAGUCGACGACCCAAUGGGCAACGACGGGCAGGACAAGGGCAAGCGAUGGGACGGAUCCGCCUCUUCCGGGGCGGAGGAGGUCGCGCCGGUCUUCCCGGCGUGGGCGUGCACCCCGGGCGAAUGCCUCGCGGAGCUGGGUGUCUCGGCGGACCAUGGGCUGAGCUCCGAGGAGGCAGCGAUGUGGCUGCAGCUGUACGGGCCUAACGAGCUGGAGAGGCACGCGCUGCUGUCGGUGUGGAAGCUCGUGCUCGAGCAGUUCGAUGACACGCUUGUGCACAUCCUGCUCCUGGUGGCCGUGGUCUCGUUCGUGCUCGCGCUCUACGACGGUGCCAAGGGUUCCUCUGUGGGGUGCGGUUGCCCAGGAAGUGGAGGAGAUGGAUUUGGCGUCGGUCAACGAGGAGCUGGACGAGAUCGAUGGGCAGGUCAGCGAUAUCCUCUGCGCAUUGCAGUAAGCUCAAACGAUCUGACUCGCUGCGAUUUGGGCUGUUCGUAUUUGUUUAUGUUACCCACGAAUGAUCGUUACAUCUCGAUUUGCUUGCUGUGAUCUUGCGAGUGGAUCACAAGUUUGGAGAGCAAAUUGUUGACCUCCAGGGGAAAAAAAUGUCUUUUUCAAUGUCCGCGGGUUCUGCUUUUGGAUCUCUGUAGAAAUGGUAGCAUAACAUGGCGAAGAAAUAGAGGUGGAUUGAUUGAUGCAUUGGUUGAAUUGUCUGCAAAAAUGGGUUCCAGAAGCUGGACAAGAUCAAGGAUGCCAACCACUCGAGUAGGCAGCUGGAAGCGCUUACUGAUAAGAUGCGAGACUGUAAAAAACUUAUCAAAGACUUCGAGCGAGUUUCAAAAGGCGAGGUAGGGCGUACUGAUCCGGAGAACGCAAAAAAUGAUGCAUGACAGAAAGCAGUCAAUGGUACUAUUGUUGAAAAUUGUUCUAUGAUAUGUGAAUUUAUACACCUUCCAAUUCUGAUUAAACAACUUCUACUAAACCAUAGUUUCCCUUGCUUUGCAGAUCAAAGAAUUAAACUCUUAUUUUGCUCUUAAGAAACAAUGAGUUUUGACCUAUCUCCUUGCACCAUAUUCUCAUAGUAUAUCCAACUUUUCCUUAUGCAUCCAUAACAAGUUGAACUUGUGUUACUAACUUCUACAACAUAAUUAUCUUUCUCAUAAACUUUAGGGCAUGCAUAUCCCAUGUUGCAACCGUGCUUGCUUUUUUUUUUGCUUUCAUCGCAACGCACGGGCACUCAACUAGUUUUUUUUAAAAAAGAAUAUUUUUUAGACCAUUUGGACAAUGCAGUCCCUUGGACAGGAAUUUCCUACAAGAUUCCUACCUUCACUACUACUUAAAAAGACUGCAACGAAUUCUUCCGUUUGCCCUUCGCCCGCCUGCUCAUCAUGCCGCUCGUCUGCUCAAUCCUCAUCGCUCUGUGAUUCCACUCGUCCGCUCAUUCGUCUGUCCCGCUCCUACUAUACGUUCAACUCUUUUGUUCUGCUCUCCCUUCUCCCGUGUGCCGACAGGUGGACCCUAGCCGCUCCCUCUCUGUGUCACCCUUCAGGAGAUAACGCGUUCACACAAAUCUCGCGUCCGUCCUCCACCACCAUCGCCAAAGCAUCCCCCUCCCUCCCCCAUGCCGCAUCCUGCGCAGUCACGACCGUCGUGCUUCUCACCACUACCGCACUUAGUACUACGUCCUCCCGGCCUACCAAGUCCUCUCCUCCCUUUUCAUCUGGGUUGCCACCUCUCUACUCCUCACCUCCCUUCUCUACGUUGGCUGUGGCCACCUCCUCCCUGCCUAAGAACUGCCCCAAGAACCCAUCCCGGAGCCCGUACCCAGCCCCCACUACGCUCAUUGGUAGAUCCUGAUCCCGCUGCCCCCAAAGCCCUUAGAUCCAGUCAUCUCUCUCGUCUGUCUUGGAUGGCAGCGAGAGGAAGGAGGAUGCCGACAAGUAAACCAACCAAGAGUUGGAGCUCCUCUGGCUGUAGAUUGUGAAGCACCCGGCGAGAAGCCCCAGCACUAGAGAAGAUUGUGGUGGCGUUCGGUGGCCAUGACACACCAGAGAGUGUCAUCGUCACAACAAAGACGGGCGACGUCACAACCAUUGGGGGCUCAUUCGAGCAGUUCCUACUCAAGUGGAAGCCGCUUGAAUUGAGGUUCGAGGAGGCAUUCGGUGGCCACCACACACCAGAGAGAAUCAUCCAUGUAGUUAAGAUGGGCGGCGUUGCGACCAUCGGAGGCUCAUUCUAGCAGUUCAUGCAUAAGUGGAAGCCGCUUGACCUGAGGUCUGAGGCGGCCGACGCAGGUAGAGAUGCUGACGCAUGGCACAACAGCAUCUAGCAGCAGGUGGAGGUGGACUGGUGGUAGCGGGUGGGUGGGACGACAAAUGGAGUCCCCUCCUCGGCCUUCUGACGGCACACCACCCUUCCUUGUCCACGCCUCCCCAUCUGCUUCUGACUCUGCCUCCUCCCUGGAUGCCACACCAAGCAGCAUCUGGAGGUGGACUGAUCAUGGCGUCGGCGACAGAUGGAGGCCCCUGCUCGGCCUCGUGACAACGAUGAAGAGCAUGAAAGCCUUUGGAUCUCACGCGAGCUGCAGUGGUGGUGCUCGCCGCCUGCCCCGAGGAGUAGCACAAUCGACGUGAGCUUGAGGACCUGGUGGCUCACCACCAGCCCUUCGGAGGAGCUGCUAAUUCCAAUGGUUUUCGGUUUUGCUGUUGCGUAGGGCCCACACUGCCGGGUUCAAAGAAAGCGAGGGUCACCUAUGACGGGGAUGUUGCUCUCUCCCUAGAUCUGGACCACUCCACGUCAUCGGCUGGUGUUGAUUGAUCACUCACACAUCACAUUUAGUUAUUUGUUUGAUCGACAUUGCAGUACAUCAAUUGUAAAUAACAGUCGGGGAUUCUUUGCAGUCCAUGCCAUCAGUUGAGUUGUGAGAAUUUUCAGUAGUAAUUGGGUAAUUGUGUCGCUUUCUCACUCAGGGCUAGUUGGGGGAUGCUACAAGUUGAUUGAUACCCCAAUGAGCAACUGCAUAAACUGCAGCUGUUGUUCUUCAUGGAUGAUGACUGUAAAUAUUCAGUAUGUUCAUGACUUCAUGGAAAAAAAUGUUUGACAUUAUCUAUAGCAUGACCUGUGUAUACUUUUAAUUACUGGAUUAACGUAUUCUCAUCAAUGUGAUGACAUUAGAGCGAUUCGAUGCAUAUUUCUUUUUCUUGUGACAUUAUGUCCCACUUCCAAUGAUGUUGCUUGUUAUAACUCAUUUCUUGGAUAACAUUUUACUUAAUUCAUUACUGGAAGCAAGCGAUGUCAUUUUACCCCUGCCUUUAUUACCUUGCCACCAUAUUGUCGCCAAAGAUUCUCGUAGUUGUUAAGGACAUCAAAUUGGAAAUUUCUCUUAUCUAUCGCAUGUACAGGUAUGCGGGGCGAUUAUACAUGACACAACCUACUAAUAGAAGUAUUUGGAACAAUUAGAUGGUGAAUAUAUGGUAGAUAUAUUAUAUAUGGUAGAUAUAACAAUUAGAUGGUGAACAACCGAAUUGGUGGAGAGUUAUAGUACAGAGAAAAUAUGGUUGAUAUAUGCUUAGCCUAUCACCGUAUUAUUUAUCAUAUGCAUACCGACUUGAGUUGUUUUGUUGUGACAAAAAUGCCUUAUAGAAUACCAGAGAAUUGUUUGUAAUGCAGAUUUUCCUACUAGGCUAUACAUUAGUUUUUCUGAAAUGAUUACUUUAUCAUAGUAAAAUAUUUGCCUAAUUAUGUUUACAUUAGUUUUUGAUCCGCCAGCAGGUGCGAAAGAAGUUUGAGCCGGUUCUUCACUCCAAGUGAAUGGAGGCUCCCGGAUUUUCAAUCAAUGAUCUCCUACCUAUGUUGAAGAGCAACAUGUACUACUUUAUUUUCUCUAAAAAAAACAAGUACGAAUUUUGCUUCUUCUCACAUUGUGAUGAUUGAACUGAAAAUUGAAUUUUCAUAUCGGAUGGUAGUGCCUAAGUAGUUUUGCAAACUUUUGAAGAGAGAUCUCGUUGUAAACUGAUACAUGAUCGUGUAAUGUAUUUCCUACUUAUUAGUAACAUUUUAGCAUGUUAAUGAUUUGAUUUUUUUCAGUAUGUAUGCAACGGCAUGGUGGAAAUUAUUUUUCCAUCAACAAUUGUCUCUAAACAUCACACCCCCACCCCCAGGCGCCAUGGUUGCAAAUGACAUGCUGCAUGAGAAAAAGAGGCCACCACAAGCUCAUGUUGGAAUACUUUAUUUUUGGAUUCAAGCUUCUCUUCUCAUCUAAUAUAAACUGAACUACAGUGCUUUUGAUACUGGGUUCUACUCACCAGUGUGUGUCUUGCUCACAUACACACUGAAAAAGAUACCAAUCCAGUUCAUCUCUUCUUUAGGCGGCUCACCCUUUGUUUUUCAUGAAAAUAUUUACCAUUUCACGGUGUAUGGCAAGAGGAGAUAAGAUCCACUUCUUAACUGGAAAUAUCAGUUUGUCCUGUGGUCCUUUGAUGUGAUAUUAUGUUGUACCUUCAACUUUAUAUUUGCACAGCGAUGUGAAACAUUUAAAUAAUGACUAGCUGGAUAAAGUUUAUGUGAGGAAUUGCUUUCAGAUAUGAGUUAAUAUAGUAAGAUGAGUUAAGAUCCGCUUCUUAAUUGGAAUGCCUUUCAAUUUGUCUCCUUCUAAGCAUUAGUGUAUUUUCUUACUAUAUUAUUAGAUUUUGGAUUAUAUGUAUUUAGUCUAUUUAAUUUCACUGUUUUGACAUUUAGAACAAUGUACCUCUAACUGUAAUUAAACUCUAUUAUAAUAUUCUACACAUCUCACUUGCCAAUGUUUCUUUUGUAGUAUGUCUUAUUAUAUAAUUUUCUAGCAUUAGGCUCAUCCAGUGUUGCCAUUUUCUAUACUUAAUGAUUGUUGUGUUCUAGGGCUUUGAUUUUUUUUCCUCUGAAACCUUGCACACUUGCCGAAGUUUUUCCCCUCAUGCAACUUCAUUUCUUGUGUCUUUCCAUCACUCUUGCUGAUUUAGUGACCCAUGCCUUAGCUUAAGAUGACUUCCAAUGGUUAUGCAGGUGCUGUUUUUGCCGUCGUGUAGCCAUGGAGAUGUUCGCACAACAAUUGUGUGCGACACAUGGAAAUUAUUGGCCACUAUUUUUUUCAUUGUAAGGCACAGAUAUUUGAUAAGGUAUUAAUUUUGUAUGAUGUCCUUUCAGGUACUACUUGUUCUUAUGUGUAAUGAUGGAUUGAUAUCUUGGCACAAUAUCUUGCAGCUUAGUAAAGCACAGCUAGCUAGGCUUGCUUGUUCUCUUAGAAAUGCAUAAGUCAUAGAUGUAAUGGCCUCAUUUUCUGGUUCAUUAACUAAAAACAUCUAGCAAGAAGAGGUACCUAUCGAUUGGUUGUGUGGUGUGCAUUACUUCACCUAAUCAAUUAUAUUAAUUUGUGAAAUAUUUUUGUUUCUGUUGUAACGAAUGGACAUGCCUAAACUCUGAAGUUCGUCACUAAAUCAUUCGUUCCAAAGAAACCUGCAGAUAAACGUAGCCUUCCACCACCUAACUACAACCACACCAUGAGCACACAUCAAUAUGCCAUGCCUUGAAAUAUGGAUGGGUGCUAUACGCCGGGGAUUAAAUUUUGAAGUUUCAUGAAUUUCUGUAAUUUCAGAAGAAACGAAAUAUCUAUUAUCAUAAUUUUCUUUUACUAAUAUAUGAGAUUCACAGAGUAGAGAAUAAAAUUUUAACGAAAUUUUGUGAAUUUCAAUCUUUUUACCUAUAAACGAAAAAAAUGUAAAACAAAAUUGAAAUCCCUGCUAUACGCCACGAGCCCAUAUCAGUACUCCCUUGGUUGAUGAAUUAUGGUUGGAUGCAUACCUCCGGAUUUCCACAAUAAUAAAUCGACAAGCACAGAUCCCGUACCGUGCUCUGCCGUCCAGCUUAAACAAGACGCGGGACAUGAAAGCAAUCAACCGAUCCUGAAUUCAUAAUUGAUUAAUCACGUGGGCUAAGACGAGACGGAGACACGCCGCGCCCAGUCCGGCUGUCCGGCGUCCCUUCCGAUGGAAAUCCCAGCGUCAAUCCAAGCUCCAAAGCGGUGGCAGACCAUCAUCUCCGCCGCAGUGCCAUCUGCUUCUCCAAUGCGGGCGGACAAUGCUCCCCCGGCACCUACCCGCCCACGCACAUGCCGCGUCGCCCCCGCGCGAUCGUGGUCCAAGUCCAACGGCCCCACCGCGCGCCGCCGGUGGCCAACUCCGCCGCGCCCACGGCCUCGGAGCCGCCUUCGAAGCUGGCGUGCCGAACCUCCGGCGACGGCGUGAUGACGCGCUGCGGCUGAUGCCCGGUGCGGUCGGGUCGGGCGUCGAGCGGGAGGGCGGCGGCGGCAGCGGCCGCCGCCGUGGUUCAUGUGCCUGCACGGGUUCCGCACCAGCGGGGAGAUAAUGCGGCGGCAGGUGACGGGCAGGUGGCCCCCCGAGGUGACGUCCCGCCUGGACCUCGUCUUCGCCGACGCGCCGUUCCCCGCUGAGGGCGCGUCCCCCGUGGCCGGCGUCUUCGACCCGCCCUACUACGAGUGGUGCCAGUUCGUCAGCGAGGAUUUUCUCAAGUGCAGGAACUUCGACAGGCGCUUCUCCUACGUCGAGGAGCUUAUGGCCAGAGAAGGGCCGUUCGACGGACUGCUGGGAUUCUCCCAGGGUGCCGGCCUUUCUGCAGUGCUUUCUGGGCUCCGGCAGCAGGGUCUGGCUUUGACUGGGGUUGCUAAGGUGAAGUACGUGAUACAAAUAGCCGGGGCAAUGAUCCAGUCGCCGGCGGCGGCCACGAGGGCGUUUGCCGGCAAGAUCGUGUGCCCAUCGCUUCACUUCAUUGACGAAAAGGGUCUCCAAGUUAUGCUCAGGUACCUUGACACGAUUGAGAGGGAGCUGUCGGUCUAUUUGUCAACUGUACCACUUGGAACUCGGAAGCUAGCAUAUGAAGUUUAGAAAGUUUCACCGAAUUUUCGUGCUGUAGAAACUGAGUCAAUUUUUACAGAUUUUUCAAAUGGUACUUCGAAUUCAAUCCCACCAUCAUCUCCAUAAAAUUUUAUCUUUCUUUUGUACGAAGAAAGGCAGCUGGCAAUCUUUUUUCAUGAACUUGCAAAAC